CUAAAUGGCCGUCAGCCGGGUGACGGACAGGGGGAACUACGCGUACCAUCCGGAGCUUUAGUGCCCGAUGGACGUGCCGUAACUGUCUGUACAUCCGGAAGUGCGACUACACUCUCCCCGUGAGGGCGGCCGGAAACAGGUCCUUCGGCAAGGUCAUGUCUCUGCCGAAGGCUCCUGGCGAAUGGUAGUCGGGCGAAGAGAAGACAACUCUGGAAGAUCACCCCAAUCCAAGACGGAACAGCCAGCGUCGAGGGAUGUGUGGCCGAGGGGGAACUCGGUCUCUAGCUGGCGGACUCUGCGCACCUGUCCACCCGCAGUUUCAACUCGGACUUCCUGUGGCACCUCGGGCUCUGCUGUGGGUGACCUCCUUUCCCGUGCACUCGUGGGAACCAAAUGAAUAGUCUAAAAGUAAAUGAGUUUGAUGCUGCUCCAGAAGCAUCACCCAACCGAAAUCCUUCAGUGGAUUCGGGUCCUGGCUUUGUCAGGCUGAAAACCAGACAAAAAAAGCUGCUGCGAAAGGCUCUUCAUGGAGGGCUGACCAGAGAAAAGGCUCUGGAGGUGGUGCAAGCUCUUCCCAUAGUUAAGGGACUCCUACCCGAUCCUUAUGGAAUCCAAGCCACCAAUCCGUACCCCUCGGGUUUAGUUGAGAGCGUGAGAAUCGGCUUAGCUGCGGAGUCUGCUGGGACUUCCCUGACCAGCGAGCAAAUGACCAUGAUCAAGGAGGCCAUUAUCGACGUGACCGUGGAGCAAUCUGGCAGUCAGAAGCCCCAGUUCGAGGGAUGUGUGGCUCGAAGAGGAUGGCUUCUUGUGACUUGUUCCAAUUCCUCCACCUCAGACUGGUUCAAACAAAAUAUUUGCCAUAUCCAGUCGAAAGUAACCACUAAACUGAAGCUAAUGGAUGAGUCUGAACUGCCAAGAAGGAAUGUCGUCCUCGGAUAUUUUCCAGAUAGUCUAACCACCAGCAGCCAGAAGGUCCUGGAAAUCAUUCAGGCCCAGAACCCAGUCUCAACGGCGGAAUGGAGGGUCAUGAACAGGUUGACCCACGGUGAGCUACUGCAUCUUUCCAUGGCAGUUGACAAUGAAUCGCACAAGAAACUGAUCGAACUGAAUGGAACCAUAUCCUUUCGAUUCGGGCGUGUAAAACUUUGUUUGAAGAACUCCCUCGAUAGGAAAUCUGUACUAAAUGGUAGAAAAGAAACAUCGCCAAAUAGAAAAUCCCUUGAGAAAGCUGCUGUAAGUAGAGAAAUUGUGCCUGCUCCUCAGGAACCUGUGAUCACAAAUGUUAGUCCAUGGAACCAAUCCAAUAAUCCUUGGCUUAGCCAUAGCAAUCCAAGGAUGCAGUGGAAUCAACAACAGAUGCUCAGGUAUGAUCCUUACAGUCCAAGGGAACUUCCGUCGAAUUUUUUGUGUGCCAGCUAUUCAGGAUCGGGCUAUGGGAAUGAAGGAGACAGGAGGCUGAGACCUCGAACUUGGCCAGGAAACUACUGAUGAGCUAAGGGUUCCACUACCAAAGGAAAUGGCAUGAUUUUCAGACUAACCAGGAAUAUUUUCAGGAUAUUUCAAUCGACGAAACAUCUAUCUUAAGGAAGUACAACGACUUGUCCUUCAUUUUCAGCAUCUUAUCUUGAGGUAUUUAGAGUUUUUGAUAAGUAGACAUUUAUACAGGACUCGCCCAACUGCAAAGAUAACUCUUUUUAACCCAUAACACCAGAUCACAAUGAUUUUGCUUACAGCAUUCGAAACAAUAUGAUACAGUAACACUGGUUACACUUAAAGAACCUGGCUUAAAUGAUACUAAAAACACAAUGAUACCGUAACACUGGUUACACUCAAUGGAUUUCGAUGUGUUUCAAAUAAUGCGGGCUUUACCAAAGGGAUCUAAAAAAUUCAGAUCUGAAUUUCAUUAUUCUUUGUCAAAACAUGUGGUUUUGAAACCAAUGCUUUAUGGCUUAUGUGAUUGUAAGUCACCAUCAUAUUCCAUUAGGGUUUCUAUUGAAGGAACAACAUUCUUUACAAUCAUAUCUCUCUUCAGAGUUCUGCAUAUAAUUACAUUUUAUCAGUAGAAGGUGCUUUCAGCUUCCAAAAGAAGUCCUUCGAGCGUUGAAGUAUUAGCUUUUCCGCGCACGCUCCUCCCGCUAAUUAAAUCUAAUGUAACCUGUAAUAAAUUCGCUUGUCGCGCUUUUCCGGUCGUGCGAAUCAACCCUUUUUCGCGCGUUUUGUGUAUGCAAAUUCUGCCGGCAAAUUGCCCUGGCGCCAUUGAGCCUUAUCAUCUAUGACAUCCUGAGUCCUGUAGCCUGAGUGCCGUACCUGCCGGAGUCACCCUCGUAGAUCCUCGGAUUCCCUCGCGAUUUGGCGUACAAAGCAAUUUUCUGGCAGCCACGCGAAUCAAUUUUCGGCAAAAUAUUCGGCAUAAUAGUUAAGUUUUAUGCGAAUUCCGCUGGCAGAACAUCCGUUUCCGGCUGAAAAAAGAGAAGGAAGAAGGAGAAAGGGUUUCGGUCACAUUGAACUCCACCCCUCACUUCAGAUUGACAAUCAGCAUGCGGUCUCAUAUCCGCUGGAUGGCAAACAAAACCGGGGAAAACUUUCACUUAGGCGAAUAUUGCGCAACUAUUGGGCUGCACAACCCGUUGACACAAAUCGCACUAAAUCAAAAAUUAUGCUUUGCACAAAUAAAGCGAAAGGACGCGUACGAGGACGAGGAUGCCUCGCAGGAAGUCGCUACACCCUGUGGCCAUAAAUCUCAUCUAGUCAAAUAUUGAAUUACGCCGGAUGAAGAGGCAGGGAUGCGAGGGGCAGGGAAAGGGUUCUCCGGCGAUUCGCAGCUUCACUUUAGUGGGUCAGAAGGAUGUGGCACAUCCCUGCAGAUUCGCUAUAUUCUCUAUUCCUAUAUAUGGUGUGUGACAUUUUUCCGG